CAUAAACAAAUGAGUAUAUAUAAAUUAAUACAGAUUCAAAAUGUUUAAUAUUCUUCUAUAUAAAUGUUCAUUUGUGAGAUCUUGACAUUUUCCUUUCAUAAUAUUCUAGGUUUUUUUAAAUAUAUUCUUUCCCUAAAAAGAGACCAAAACAUGUCAAAAAAUACUGCCCUGGAAACUUCAUAAAUACUACAGUGUGAAGAACCCUCAGCUCAGAACAUAUAGUUGAUCUUCAUACAUCUUAGGAACGUUUGAUAAAGGACAGCAGGUGGUUUACCAUGUCUCUGCCUGGUCCAGCAGAAACAGACCUAGACCGGCAGCUCCCCGGUGCGGCAUUAGGACCUGGUAGGCUGGGCGCUGAGCACAGGGGCAGCCCGGGCGCAGGUGACUGUCCCAGUGGCAGCCCCGGACACGCCUCCGAUAGGAGUGUUGACUAUAGCAGGUCCCAGUGUUCCUGCAGAAGUUUAAGUGCUCGCUGUGAUUACUCAGAAGACUUUCUCUCUGAAUGUUCAGAAACUGCUCUUAAUAGAAAUUAUUUAGAGAGACCCGUGAUAAAAGAGGAAAAGGACGAGAAGAAAAAGUACGUCUCUAAAAUCUCCCAACCUAAAGGGAAGAAGCAGUAUUUUCCAAUUAACAGGUGGCCUCGUUACAGAUACUUGGAUCUCACUGACUUCUUGCCUUUCAUCUCAGCUGAAGAACCAAUGUUUGAAUUGCCAAUGAAAUGUAAAAACCUGUUUCAACACCCCAAGAAGAUGGGCUUCAAGUCCGGCCAGAAGGAAAUCUCAGUUGAAAAAAAGCACACCUGGAAUGCACCACAUUUACAUUCCCAAAACGAUAUGAUUACCCAAAGAAGAGACGCUAUGACUCACCGCAUACUGUCAGCAAGGCUUCAUAAGAUUAAAGAGCUAAAAAACGAAGUAGGUGAUAUCCAUCGUAAGUUGGAAGUCACAGUCCUGGAAAAUCAGUUCUUGAAACAGCUUCAGCUUAGGCACUUGAAAGCUAUAGGGAAAUAUGAGAAUUCACAAAAUAAUCUACCUCAAAUUAUGGCAAAACAUCAGAAUGAAGUCAAAAAUUUGAGGCAGCUACUUAGGAAAUCCCAGGAAAAGGAAAGAAGUGCGUCUCGGAAACUUCGAGAAGCCGACAGUGAGCUGCUCAAGACUAAAGACGCCUUGCAGGCCCUGCAGAAGCUUUCUGAAGACAAAAACCUUGCAGAGAGAGAGGAACUUACUCAAAGACUGUCUGUUCUUACAACAAAAACGGAGGCAAAUGACAAAAAAAUACAGAGCUUGGAAAAACAACUGAGGUUGAACAAUAGAGCUUUUAAUCGGCAGCUGGCCAUUGAGACCCGGAAGACGGUCGCAGCUCAAGUAGCUACAAAGACCCUGCAAAUGGAAAUAAAACGCCUUCAGCAAAAACUUAAGGAGAAGGAGCGAGAGCUUGAAAUUAGAAACAUCUAUACUAGUCGGAUACUUAAAAACUUACAUGACAAAGAAGAUUGUCCAAAAGUUUCUUCAACCAAAUCUGUACAAGCAGACAGAAGCUUUUCACUGACAAGUGUGAAACACCAGGAAACCCAAAAAUCAGAAGAUGUUCCAUCUUUGACAGCUAAGGGUAAAAAGACAUCUGGAAACAUUGGUCAAAAAGAAAAAUCAACUGAAAUAACCUGUGCAAUUCCACACUCUAUCAGCAAAGUUGCAAACCAAGAGGAUUCCAAGAGAAAAUAUGAAGAUUUAUCGAAGGAAGAGGAACAUUUGGAAGAACAACCACCUCUGGAGAAUAUUGGAAGACUGAGAGAGAAGAAAGAAGAUCAAGAAAAGAAAACCACUUUAGUGAAAGAAGAAGAAGAACUACCACCAGAAAGAAUUCAAGUAACUCAUCCUGAGCGGGAAGGCAAGCAGGAAGACGACGCGGGGAAAGAAAAGUCCAAAAGAAGUCUCCAAAUAAAUGACACGGACAAGACGCCUGGUAAAAAUGCUGCUGCAAGUAUCAAGAUCCCCUUCAGAGAGAGAAAGCAUUACUCGUUCACAGAAGCCAUCGAGAACCUGCAUCACGGGCUCCCUGCCUCUGGCGGGCUGGUCAGCGCGGGUGUGAUGAGAGGCGGCAUAAGCACCAGCAAGCCUCGCGGGAACUCAGAAGGCCUGAAGCCAGAACACUCUGUGAGUGGGUACGAACCCUCUUUUGGCCAGUCUUCCCGAACAAAAGCAAAAGAUGCUUUCACAGAGAAGAAGAACAGUCUGAUGGAAGAACUCUUUGGGUCAGGCUAUGUCUUUAAACAUGACCAGACCAGCACGGCUGCUCCUCAACAGGCUGACGAGACCCCGGAAAGUAAAAAGACGCACCAUCUACCUCCCAGUCAGGCCUCCGCCAGCAACGCUUUCGGAGAUUCUAAAGUAACUAUGGUAAAGUCCAUUAAGUCAUCUUCACCUACAGAAGGAAAAAGAAAAAUAAUUAUUUGAAUAUAAUCAAUAUCCUAAUA